UUCCUUUUUCACUCUCUCUCUCUCUCUGAAAGAAAAAGAAAGCCAUUGAAGCUUCUCUCUCUAUCAGCUUUUUUGUCUCUCUGUAGAAAAAAAGCUGCAUUGUCGUUUAAAUAUGGCAGCCAGUGUAUAGCCCAAAGCUUUCAACUUUAAUACACUCAGGUUCAUACUUCCCCACCCAAAGCUUCAUACUUCAUAGCCCCCAAUCCUAAAGCUCUCCUAAACCCUCAGAUCUUAUCAGUGAACCAUCCUAUUCCAAUUCAAUCUGACCAUUUUCCAAGAGUAAAAAUCUGCACAGUUGAUCCAAACACUAGCCGGAUAAUCAAUUCUGGAAAAUACUCACUCUUGUGUGGAAGAUCCAUGUCGUCGGACAUUCGCUAGGGUUUAAAUCCACACAGUUUCUGCUCAGGUUCAGUCUCGAAGCCGUCAAGGAGUCCAAUCUUUUCUGUCUGAUUUUCUUUCUAUUUGAUUCUGUAGCUUUUUUUAAAGAACGUUUCGUGCAAGUUGAUGGCUGAAUGCGACUGUGUCGGAGCCUCUGAUUCUGCAUUUCAGGGAUUCGAGAUUGCGAGUUUGUGAGGGUUGUUGAGUAGAGAGAUUGAGAUUGGGAGUGGUGCGGCGGUGGUGGUGUAUAACAGGAGGGGGAUGGGCACGGAUCGUCUGCCAUUAGCGGCGGUGGGGCCGCCGAUAAAGCGGCGAGCGGGGCUACGGAGGAAGCAGGCGGGUAGAGGAUCAUAUAGGGGAAAGAUGGGUACUGACUUGCACCGUGUGCUGAGAAGCCUCUGUUUCAAUACGGAGUGGAACUACGCCAUUUUCUGGAAACUGAAGCAUCGGGCUCGAAUGGUGCUGACUUGGGAGGAUGCUUACUACGAUAACUGUGAGCAAUAUGAUAAUUCAGGGAAUAGAAGCUUUAUUAAGACACUGGAGGCAUUGCAUGGCAACCAUAAUAUGCACGAUUCCCUUGGGCUAGCCAUGGCAAAAAUGUCGUAUCAUGUGUAUACUCUGGGGGAAGGGAUUGUUGGUCAAGUGGCAAUUACUGGGAAGCAUCAGUGGAUCUUUGCAGAUAAUAUUGUGAAGGAUAACUGUUCACCGUCUGAGUACUGUGAUGGGUGGCAAAGUCAAUUUUUAGCUGGCAUAAGGACCAUUGUUGUUGUAGCUGUUGUUCCACACGGAGUUGUACAGCUUGGUUCCUUAAAGAAAAUCACUGAAAAUGUAGAGCUGAUAUCUCAUAUCAAAGAUGCUUUUAUUGGCUCUAAGAUUCCCCACUUACAGCAUAUCCAAUCUAGCAUUGUAAUAUCUCCAAAAAUUUUGGCUUCAGGGGCUUUUCCCGAUUGCUUGCAAAAUUUAGAUAAAGCCAUAAAUAGAGAAAAGUCAGAUGUUUGGUUGUCCGCUUUUCCCCACUCUGGGAAAGACGGUGAUAGUUCUUACAUAUUUCCAUUGACUGGAAAUUUCAAAAAUGCAGUUGAAGUGGUCAAUAAGCAUGGAGAACUUGAGUCAUCCAACAUAGGAGGUGAUGAAAGUCCCAAACUACAUCAGUCAAAAUCAAGUAUCUUCAAUUUGGAAAAUUCCAAAUUAGUAGGUGUGGAAUUACUUGAUAGCAGGAAGUGUACAGGGGAGAGUAGUGGCUGCAAAGAUAUGGGGAUUUCUUCCACGAACAGUGCCGAUCCAUUAUCUCAUGCUAAUGAUUGUGCGGACUUAUCCUCAACGUUUGUCAACUCUGAUGUAAAUGAUAGGGUUAAUUUGGACAGUAUAGAUCUUUAUCGUAAUGAGGUGUUGCACGUAAGUGAACCAUCGGAUGUUAAGUUUCAGAGCAACCUAGACAACUUGAAGUUUCAAACUGAAUUAGGUCAGGCGGACACAUCUAGUUCAUCUUUGAUGUUCCCUGCUGGCUGUGAGUUGCAUGAAGCACUUGGUCCAGCUUUUAUGCAUAAAAGCAACUUUUUUGAUUGGGAAGCAGAGAAGAUUGGAGAUAGAACUACUGCUGAGAUGCCUGAGGGAAUGAACUCUAGCCAGUUGACUUCUGAUUCUUGCCCAGAGCAUCUUCUUGAAGCUGUAGUGGCUAAAGUUUGCCAUAGUGGCAGUCAUGUUAAAAGUGAAAAAUCAUUCUGUAAAUCAAUGCAGUCUCUGUUGACAACCGAAAAGUAUCCAGAGCCUUCUAGCCAUACUACGCAUACGCUUGAUUCAGAAAAUUAUUCCAUUGAUCAGCCGUCUAUGAGAGGAGAGGACACACAGCAAUGCUUGAGCUCAUCAGGGAUAUGUGGGGUGAUAUCCCCAAAAUGGUUUUCGUCUCCAUGUCCUAGUGCUUGUAGUGAACAGCAGGAGAGGUCGUCAGGACCAGCUAGAAACAACAAGAAGAGAGCUAGACCUGGUGAGACUUCUAGGCCUAGGCCGAGGGACAGACAAUUAAUCCAGGAUCGUAUCAAGGAACUGCGGGAGCUAACACCAAAUGGAGCAAAGUGCAGUAUUGAUUCACUGCUGGAGCGCACAAUCAAGCACAUGUUAUUUCUUCAAAGUAUCACUAAGCACGCGGAUAAACUAAAUAAGUGUGCUGAUGCAAAGUUGUGUCCCAAGGAAACAAGCAUGCUAGGAUCCACUAAUUAUGAAAGGGGAUCGAGCUGGGCAGUGGAGGUGGGAGGCAAUCUAAAAGUCUGUUCAAUAGUAGUAGAGAAUUUGAACAAGAAUGGGCAGAUGGUUGUGGAGAUGAUUUGUGAAGAAUGCAGCCAUUUCCUUGAGAUCGCUGAAGCUAUAAGGAGCUUGAGUCUAACAAUCUUAAAAGGUUUAACAGAGGCCCGUGGUGACAAGACAUGGAUAUGUUUUAUAGUUGAGGCGCAGAACAACAGAAACAUACACAGAAUGGAUAUUUUGUGGUCCCUUGUUCAGAUACUGCAGCCCAAGAACCUUAUGCAACAACAGUAAUAGCUUGUUUGGCUGGCCCUUGGAAUUGCACUCUAGGUUCUUUUGUAAAUUACAGUAAAUGAUUUGUGAUCUUUGAUUGGUAUAUGCAUGUUUUUCCUUUUUGUGAUUGAACAAUCCUGUUAUAUUGAAAAGAAAAGCGAGAAAGCCCCAAUAGGAGGUAGAGUGUAAGGCGACAUCAUUGACCUUGAAGAUAUUUUCCCCAUUUUACUUUAUUAGAGUGUGAAGGUUCCAUUUGUUGUUUUCCCUCUUUGGUUUGUCAUUUGCUGCGAUUUGUUUGGGAGUUUGAUACUUGGAAUGACAGUCUUUGGAUCACUAUAAUGCAUGUCUUCCAGUUUGUGCUAUUAUUUUGUUACAAAUAUUGCUUUUAUGACCAAUGCUUUAACUUUUACCAUACA